AUGAGUGAUUAUGAUGAAGCCCUGAAAGAAGGAAACGGUGAUGAGCUGGAGAGGGACUCUGGAGGUCAGAGCAGGCUCACUGAGGCUUUUCUCUAUAAAUUCUUUGGCUUCACCCUGUGGACCUCAAGAAGUGAGAAACUGGUGAAAAUGAUGCUCUCCGCCAUCCUUCAAACUUCCCAUGAAAACGUGCAGGAGAGGGAGGGCAUUGCUGUGGCAUUCAGCGUCGUGUCCAGGAAACAUCUGAGGACAGUCCUGGAGCAACUGCAAGUGUAUAGUGCUGUACUCACUGACAAGGAGUCAUCGUCCAUCCUCACACUGGCAAAGGAACAUCAGCCAAGGGAAUGGGUGCUUGUGUGUCACACCAUCUACCUAAGCUAUAGCAAGAUUAUUUUAGAGAGCAAGGGAGAUAUUUUCAUGCAUUUCGAUGCCGUGCUGGCCUUGAUCCUGCAACACUACCACAACUGCAUUUUGGAAAAGGAUAAGGACCUGAAGCUGGGUUACUUGAAUGCCCUCAUCAUACUGACAAAAACCCUGGGCAGGCAGCAGCACGUGGCCUUUCAAUUCAAGUUCCCCCACAAGCUAGCAAUUGUUACCGUCAUGCUGGCACUUGCUGUUAAUUCUGCCCCAGGCAUCCUUUUGCUUUCAGCCCUGUCCCUGAUAGGCACCUCCAUCUCCAUCAGUGAUAUCCCGUUCCCUCAAAAGCUCUGGGGAACUAACAAGAUGUUCAGGCCCCUCUUAGGGAUAGAAGAAAGAGUAGAGCUCCUGGGAACAUGCUUCAAGAGUGUGUUCUGUCUGCCAUCCAUUGAAGUGUUACGAAAGGAGGCAUCUAGUCCCAAGGAGGGCCAGGCCAAUGUGGAUCUGUUUGAGGGGACCAUGCAAUCCCUCCUAAGACUAUUGGAGACACUUAUUGUUGAGAUGCCCACCCGGAUCCAGAACUGCUUGCAGCUUAUGGAUCCUUGGCUCAAUUCCCAGAAGGAUAACGAGCGGGAACGGGCCAUGUGGUGUGCUGCGCGUAUUCUGGAGUUUACAGCAAAAAUGGAGGACUUCAGUAUGGAAAUUGAAUUCACCCGGCUGGGGCGCUUGGUAAAGCUGCUGGCCAUGCGCUGCCAGGACCCAGUGGACAGCAUCUGCUUCCUGUCUGCCAAGGCUGUGUAUCACCUCUACUGUAUCCUCUUGAAGAAAAAGCGUAUGAGGAACCUGCUCUUACCACUCCCCCUCCAACCACACACUUAG